AUGAAUCCAAAUAAUGGCCUGUACUAUUGUCCGACAAAUAUACCAUCACAUCAGACGUAUUUUCAUCAAGUACCAACGCAAGAGAGCAGACUUGAAGGACACGUAUCAUCACCCAUCAGUUUAUUAAGGGAUACACUAGUACAUGGCAAAAAAACAGUGACACAAAAUUAUGCAUAUUCAUACACAAACGUAAAUGGUAUGACUUCGUCAUACCAAAUCACGCCAAACAGUCAAAUGAUUUCACAUAAUUCAUAUCAAACCUCUUCUGUAGAAUAUCCAUCACCAUCUGAAAUAUCGGUGAUGGAAUGCGAGGAAUUUUUUAACAACUUACAAUUAGAAGGGCAAGGUCAACAACAAAAAUACAAUAAAUAUGUCCAAAAUUAUCAAGAACACAAUUAUGUGCAAUCACAUAAUUAUAAUUGUACUCCUGGACCAUCCACUAUUUCAACGCAAUGUGAACAAGAAUUGCAAAUCGACAGCUAUAACAGAAAUAAUAAUAAUAAUAAUAUAAGACAAAGAAACAGGAAUAUUAGAAUGUCCAGGUAUAACAGACAAAGAGAGCCUUAUUCUAACAACGUUGCCAAUUAUCCAUGGAUGUUUAAAAGGACAAAUGCCCAAGAAAAUGGGACUGAACAGAAGCGCACGAGGCAAACCUAUACGCGCACUCAAAUCUUGGAACUGGAGGCAGAGUUUCAUUUAAAUAAAUAUCUUGCAAAAAAACAACGUAUAAAGUUAGCUGAAAAUAUUUCUUUGACUGAGCGUCAAGUUAAAAUUUGGUUUCAAAAUCGACGAAUGAAAGAAAAAAAAUCACCGAAUACAUCCAUAAACAUAGUCGAAGCAACACCAUCGAAAUCAAUAGUAUCAGAAUCCAAUACACAGACGAUAAUUCACGAAACUCAAGUAUUAAAUCCAGCGCAACAAACACAAUUACAACCUCCACAACAAUUUUACGAAGAACAUCGAAAUUAUUUUCCUAAUCAAAAUAUGUUAACAACUCAUUAUUUAAGUAAUGCGCAUUAUUGA